AUGGAGCGAUCCCUGUCCCAGCGGCAUGGGGGGGAACAAAGCUGGUGGGGUAGUGCUCCCCAGUACCAGUAUGUGCCCUUUGAGCACUGCACCAGCUACGGUCUGCCUUCAGAGAAUGGAGGCCUUCAGCACCGGCUCCGGAAGGAUGUGGGCCCCCGGCACAAUGCCCAUCCUACACAGAUUUAUGGCCAUCACAGAGAGCAAUACUCAAACAAGGAGCAGAAUGUGGGGAUGCCCACGAAGAUGGGCUCCAGUUCUACCGUGGACAGCAAGGAUGAGGACCACUAUUCUAAAUGUCAAGGUUGUAUCCACCGCCUGGGACAAGUGGUGAGAAGGAAGUUGGGGGAAGACUGGAUCUUUCUGGUGCUCCUGGGCCUCCUGAUGGCUCUGGUCAGCUGGUGCAUGGACUAUGUCAGUGCCAAGAGUCUUCAGGCCUACAAGUGGACCUAUGCCCAGAUGCAGCCCAGCAUCCCCCUGCAGUACCUGGCUUGGGUCACCUUCCCGCUGGUCCUCAUCCUCUUCAGUGCCCUCUUCUGCCACCUCAUCUCUCCACAGGCUGUUGGCUCUGGAAUCCCUGAAAUGAAGACAAUUCUUCGAGGGGUUAUUCUGAAAGAAUAUCUUACACUCAAGGCCUUCGUGGCCAAGGUGGUAGCCCUGACUGCAGGGCUGGGCAGCGGCAUCCCUGUGGGGAAAGAGGGCCCUUUCGUCCACAUCGCCAGCAUCUGUGCUGCUGUCCUCAGCAAGUUCAUGUCCAUGUUCUGUGGGGUCUAUGAGCAGCCAUAUUAUUACACUGACAUCCUGACGGUGGGCUGUGCUGUGGGGGUCGGCUGCUGUUUCGGAACGCCACUUGGAGGGGUGCUGUUUAGCAUCGAGGUCACCUCUACCUACUUUGCUGUUCGGAACUACUGGAGAGGAUUCUUUGCAGCCACGUUCAGUGCCUUUGUGUUCCGUGUGCUGGCUGUGUGGAACAAGGACGCGGUCACCAUCACAGCUCUGUUUAGAACCAACUUCCGGAUGGAUUUCCCCUUCGACCUGAAGGAACUCCCUGCCUUCGCUGUCAUCGGGAUUUGCUGUGGGUUCCUGGGAGCUGUGUUCGUGUAUCUUCAUCGCCAAGUCAUGCUUGGUGUCCGAAAAAACAAGGCCCUCAGCCAGUUUCUCGCUAAGCACCGCCUGCUGUAUCCUGGGAUUGUGACCUUUGUCAUUGCCUCACUCACCUUUCCACCUGGAAUGGGUCAAUUCAUGGCUGGAGAGUUGAUGCCCCGAGAAGCCAUCAGUACCCUGUUUGACAACAAUACCUGGGUAAAACACGUAGGUGACCUCCAAAGCCUGGGCCAGUCAGCUGUGUGGAUUCACCCUCAGGUCCACGUGGUCAUCAUCAUCUUUCUCUUCUUCAUCAUGAAGUUUUGGAUGUCUAUUGUCGCCACCACUAUGCCCAUCCCCUGUGGAGGCUUCAUGCCUGUGUUUGUGUUAGGAGCUGCAUUUGGAAGGCUGGUAGGAGAAAUCAUGGCCAUGCUGUUUCCUGAGGGAAUCUUAUUUGAUGACAUCAUCUACAAGAUCCUACCAGGGGGCUAUGCAGUAAUUGGAGCAGCAGCGCUGACAGGUGCUGUGUCUCACACCGUCUCCACAGCUGUGAUUUGCUUCGAAUUAACGGGUCAGAUCGCUCACAUCCUACCCAUGAUGGUAGCUGUUAUCUUAGCCAACAUGGUGGCUCAGAGCCUGCAGCCUUCCCUCUAUGACAGCAUCAUCCAGGUCAAGAAGCUUCCCUACUUGCCUGACCUUGGUUGGAACCAGCUCAGUAAGUUUACAAUCUUUGUUGAGGACAUCAUGGUACGUGAUGUGAAAUUUGUUUCGGCUUCCUGCACCUAUGGGGAACUGAGAAACCUGCUCCAGACCACCACAGUCAAGACUUUGCCACUGGUGGAUUCCAAAGAUUCCAUGAUCCUGCUGGGCUCUGUGGAGCGCUCCGAACUGCAGUCUCUCCUGCAGCGCCACCUGUGUCCGGAGAGGAGACUGCAGGCGGCUCAGGAAAUGGCAAGAAAAUUGUCUGAGCUGCCCUACAAUGGCCAGGCCAGGCUGGCUGGGGAGAACCUCCCUGGCAUGGCUCCUCGAGGCCGGCCAGAGUCCUUCGCCUUUGUGGAUGAGGAUGAAGAUGAGGACCUCUCCGGGAAGACCGAGCUCCCUCCUCUUCCUCUUCCUCCUCCCGCCUUUCCUACUGCUCCAUUGUCUCCUGAAGAACCUAAUGGGCCCCUGCCCAACCACAAACAGCCACCAGAAGCCACAGAGCCUGCAGGUCAAAGAGGCUCCAUCUUCCAGUGUCUGCUGCGCUGCUUGCUCGGCAGAGCUCGCCCCACAAAGAAGACAACAAGCCAGGACUCGCCGGAUUUAGUGGAUAACAUGUCGCCUGAAGAGAUCGAGGUCUGGGAACAGGAGCAGCUGAGCCAGCCUGUGUGCUUUGACUGUUGCUGCAUCGACCAGUCGCCCUUCCAGCUGGUGGAGCAGACAACCCUUCACAAGACUCACACGCUCUUCUCACUUCUCGGCCUCCAUCUCGCCUAUGUGACCAGCAUGGGGAAGCUCAGGGGAGUCCUGGCUCUGGAAGAGCUACAGAAGGCCAUCGAGGGCCACACCAAAUCUGGGGUGCAGCUGCGCCCUCCCCUUGCCAGCUUCAGGAGUACAACUUCAACCCGGAAGAGACCUGGGGGGGCCCCUCCUCCUGCAGAGGGCUGGAGCCGGCCACAGCAUGGUCCUGGAUCCCUUGGAGCAGAGGAUGAGGCUCCUGCCUCCUCAGAGACUCCUGUGCCACCCCCUUCCCCAGAGCCCCCUCAGCCCUCGGCCCCACCCAAGGCAGAGGGUGAGCUGGAGGAGCUAGAGCUUGUAGAGAGCCCAGGGCCCGAAGAGGAGCUGGCUGACAUCUUGCAGGGCCCCAGUCUGCGAUCCACUGAUGAAGAAGAUGAGGACGAACUAAUCCUUUGA